AUGAUGGAGGUAGAUAAUAAUAAUGAACAACAACAACAAGAAGAAGGGCAACAAUGGGAGCAGGUUAAUAUAUUGCCAUCAACAAUGUCACUCACAACAUUCUGGUACUGCAUGGAGAAAUGGACAUUAGACCCUCAACACAUAAUGAAGCCAAUCAAACGUUAUCAUGUACAAUCAAGGUCGACAUACAAUGCUGCCAAUGAACAAUUAACACAUAUGAUCUAUAACAACAAUGUAUUUGAAUCUACACCAACAUCAACAACGACAACAACUACAUCGACAACAACUGAUCAACAUGAAGACUUGGGUGAUCAUUCAUCAGUUUAUUCAACAGACUCUGCACCAAUGUUGAAAGAGUUGGAUGAUGAUAGUGUGGAAUCGGAGGAUUAUCAUGAUGAUUCGGUGAGGAUGAUAUCGUUUAGACGUCAUCUCAUUCCAAGACUCACUCAGAAGGACAACCCAAUCGAUGACAUUGUCGUACACACCAAAGACAACAACUCUUGUACAUUCAAGCCUGUCCUACCAUCGCCCACCACCAACGUCAUUGAAUACCUCCCAUUCUAUUAUCCCAAAGUGAUCCAAUUCAGAUUCAGAUAUAUUCCAAUCGAUAAAUCAACUGCCGCUGCUGCCACUGCCACUGCCACUGCCGCGACUACGACUACGACUACUUCGACGACGACGACGACUACUAAGACUGCACCACCAAGUGGGCAUGGACAUCAUGAUCAUGAUCAUAAUAUGGAGAAUGCUGAUCGUGGUACACCAGAGAAGAAGCAAUCAUUCGUUGAUAUUGGAUGUGGCAAUGGAUUUCUCGUCAACCUCCUGAACAUGGAAGGAUAUCCAGGUAUUGGAAUCGACCUCCGUUCAAGAAAGGUCUGGGAGAAGUACAGUCCAGAGGUACGCGCCAACCUCUUUGAGCGCGGUAUCUAUCCCAAGGACCAAGCAUUCCCAGAGUACGACUGGAUCAUUGGAAACCACUCCGAUGAACUCACACCUUGGGUGCCUUACAUUGCAUCCAAAUCGACGAACCAGAGGUUCUUCUUGUUGCCAUGUUGCUUCUUUAACUUUAUGACCAAGUUCCAGGACAACGAUCCUAAGCUGGGCCAGUACACCACCUAUUUGAACUACAUUGAGAAGGUGUCCAAUCAGUGUGGAUUCCAGGUGAUCAGAGAUGCCAUGCGCAUCCCCUCCACCAAGAACAUUGUGUUCAUCUCUUCAUUGCGCUCGCCACUCAUCUCGGAGGAGCGAUUGAAUGUACAGCGUCAGACACUGUUGGAUCAGUCCAAGUUCAGAGAGUUCACAUUGCGACCCGAGCAGAAGAAGUGCACUCCAAAGAAGCGAUACAGACCUGGCGAGUACAAUCCACACUUGGGCAAGAUCAUGCCACCCGAUCCCAGACUCGAGCAAAGGAAGUUACUCAAGGCAACGAUGAUUGCAGCCAAGAAUGCUGCGAAUGGUAUUGUUCCUCCAUCUCCAACUCCUACUCCUUCAGGUGACGACGCCAACAACAACAAGGACAACAAGGAUAGCAAGGACAACAACAAUGCGAAC